GAAGCUUUUAAGUUUCAUUUAAAACUAAUUCAGCGUUGUCUGUGUAAGCUUGCCCGUGAAUAAAGCGCUCACAGCUUAGUUGAAUGUCAUUGCUAACUGCUGUGUUGUUGUCGGGUUGGAGUGUGAAGAGUACGCCUUAUGAUAAAGGGUUUCAAGAAGAGGAUAGCAAGUAUAUGACUCUGUUUAAUAUUUGAAUAUAUUUAAAUAAUAUAAAGGAAACCCUCGAAUACAAGCGGUAAGAUAAUAUCUGCACAAAGACAACAACGCAACCAGAUGAACUUUGACCCAUUUUUUUGUCAGUCUUCCCCAUGGUCUGCAAGCCAGCUAGAUAACUUUACAUAAAGAAAUAAGUAUCAGCAAUGGGGAAACAAAGAAGCUAAUCCUAUCCGGAAUCAGUAAAUCAGUAAAAUGCACCUGUUUUCUGAGUAAUAAAUAAAAACCAAAUAUACUGAAGUUGCUUUCAGCUCAAUGCACCCCCGGGAGGACCAGGGGUGGUGCUAAAGAGCACUGGGGUGGCACUGCCCAGAGGGUGCCGUUGUCCUCUUUAAUACUUCAAUACAACUUGUCCUUGCCAUUAGUUUAUUGCUUCAAAGCAAAUAUUUGAUCUUAACUAUUAUUACAUCCCGUGAAUGCUACUGGUUUACAUAUUAAUGGAAAAUAAUGAUUUAAUUUGAAAGAUGGACUUCCCCUCUUGUACCUCACAUUGGUUUGAUCCACUACUGUCGCUUACUUUGCAAACUCUAAACAAAGGAUGUGUGAGACCCCCUUAUUUAUAUCUAAAAAUAACACCCAUUAACAGUUUUAUCCAGAUUCAUUUUUAUUAGCUUGUUACCUUACUGCUUGUGCUUCAAUGUGGCUGGCAUUUUGUUAUUACUGUACUUCCAGAUAGAUGUCUAUGGAGAAGGAGGUCUGUGCAAAUUAAAAUUAUUAUAACUCACUUUUUUUUUCCCUGAUCCCAACUAGUUCUUGGACGCCACUCACCAGCCCCGUGCCACCCCAUUUAAAAAAACUGAAACAUUCCUGCCUUUAUCUAAAUGUCACCUGUCCCUGCUCUAAUGGCAUUGUGUUGACUCCCUAGUCAGACCUCAGACUGAAGGUAUUGGGCCAUGUCAGUGUCCUCAGCCCUCCUGAGCCGACGUGUAGCCGGAGGCUCCUGCAGGUUGUGGUGUGUCAUUCCUUCACCUCGACCACUGAUCCACAUCAGAUCAGCCACUGUAGCUGAGCCAGGCAGAAGAAGAUCCAAUGAAGAACAGCUGUGGGAGGCAGCAGGCUACCUGCCAUUCACCCGAGCCAGGAUAGGACCUUUCUUUCAGGAAAACCCAGUGCUGAAGAACCCAUUUGUAGAAGAUGCCUUGCUCAGAGGAUAUCUGAAGAGACACAUACCCCAGGAGUAUGUGUAUGUAAUUUGUCCACAGGCGAUUCUCUCAGACUUGUGUGCAUUUGGAGAACACGUGGCAAAGGAGGUGGAUGGCUGGGGUAGAGAGUGUGAGGUCAAUCCUCCACGGUUGGUGCACUUUGAUCCCUGGGGUCGCCGAGUGGACCACAUUGUGACCUCCCAUGCUUGGAAACGUAUGAAAGACCUGUCAGCACAGGAAGGACUCGUUGCCAUUGGCUAUGAGAGGUCAUUUGGCGAGUGGAGUCGUGUGUACCAGAUGAGCAAGCUGUACCUUUUCUCUCCCUCAUCUGGCCUCUACACCUGUCCUCUUGCUAUGACCGACGGAGCUGCAAAAGUUAUCCAGUCCUUAGGUGUUUCGUGGCCAGUAGAAGACGCCUACAGUCGUUUGACCACCCGCCAUCCAGAACGCUUCUGGACAUCCGGACAGUGGAUGACAGAGAGACAGGGAGGCUCUGAUGUGGCCAGCGGCACUGAGACGGUGGCUGUUCCACAAACAGAUGGUUCCUACAAGCUCCAUGGUUUCAAGUGGUUCACGUCUGCUACGGACGCAGACAUGACUCUUACGCUGGCCAGAGUGCAGGACAAAACGGGAGCAACCAUACCAGGUAGCAAAGGUUUGUCUCUCUUCUAUGCGGAGGUGAGUCGAGAUGAGGAUGGCCGAUUGAGGGGUAUUGAGGUUCAGCGACUGAAGGACAAGCUGGGGACACGCCAAAUGCCGACUGCUGAGCUGCUGCUGGACGGCCUGCCAGCGCACAGGCUCUCAGAGGAGGGGAGAGGUGUGUCCUCCAUAGCUAAUAUGCUGACCAUAACCAGGAUCCACAACAGCGUCUCUGCAGCAGCUGCUAUGAGAAGGGUGCUCCAGUUAGCUCGUGACUAUGCCACUCGGCGCAAUGCCUUUGGAAAGCUUCUUAAAGACCACCCACUGCACAUGCAGACUCUUGCUAGAAUGGAGGUAGAGUCUCGAGGGGCCUUUCUUCUGGUGAUGGAUGUGUGUCGUCUGUUGGGCCGAGAAGAAAGUGGAGUGGCAACCGAGCACGAUGCUCACCUUCUCCGGUUGCUCACUCCGGUCGUCAAACUGUACACUGGGAAGCAGGCUGUGGCUGUGGUGUCAGAGGGUUUGGAAAGCUUUGGUGGCCAGGGAUACAUCGAGGAUACCGGCUUGCCUGGAAUACUCCGUGAUGCACAGGUUUUGAGCAUAUGGGAAGGUACCACAAAUGUUUUGUCUCUGGAUGUGCUGCGGUGUGUCGCUCGUAGCUCAGGGAUGGUUCUUCAUGCCUACUUCAGCCAUACCAAGUCUCUGCUGGCGGGCGCCUCCAGCGUUUCCUUAUUGGCCCCAGCUGUGAAAGCAGUGGGCGGAGCUCUUUGCGAGCUGGAAGAGUUUGUUCAGGUAGCAGCAACCAGAGCACCCAGCUACCUGGAGCUAUCAGCAAGAGACCUGGCAUACAGCCUGGCUCACAUCUACACAGGAGCCCUUCUUAUUGAUCAUGCAUGUUGGAACGGAGCUUCUCCAUCUGACACCUAUGCAGCUCUCAGGUGGUGCGAACAGGACUUGUGUCCCGUGGCACGGAACCAGAGAAGAGGUCACUAUGAUUCCAACACUUCACUUGAUGCUGCUUUAGUCUUUGACCAGUCGAUACAAGGCUGAAGAAUCACUGAGUCACUGCUGAGCCCUGCGGUCUGUCUUCGUGACAAACAGAUUUAUUGUCUGCUAUAUUGUUGUUUGUGUUUUUGUGGAUGACUGAAAUCAUGUUUCAUUAAAAAUGAAAUUCGGUCUUGCAUAAGCAUGUAAAUAAAAUGGAGAAUGGGUUGUGUCUUCAGUAUCAGAGUAAAUACUGGACAGUAAAUUGAAAUGUGAAUUCCCACAGUUAAAUGAAGUUUUUUUAAAUAAAGGCAAAUGAUCAGCAGCCCAGAGAUUAACUUCACAUAGGUCAUAAGCAAAACAGGCCCUGACUGACCAGGUUCAUACACACUGCCUUACGGUACUGCUGGAAAACCUGCACAUACAUAUUGAUGUAUAAACUUUAAAACAGUAAAAACUUGGCAGUUUUAACGCAAUUUUUUUGAUAUUCAUUAAACUGUAGU